AUGGAUGGCUCCCUCCGGGCCUGGACCCCUUCGGUCGCGGGUGGAAGGCUGCGAGCAGCGCUGCCCUGGGAGGGCCCGGCGGCCUCGCUGCCCUGCGAGAGAGCGGCCGCGCGCAACGAAGCAGCCCCGGGGCGCGAGCCUGGAGAUCAGCGCUGCCGCGCUUGGUGGUGGGAGGUCCCAGAGCAAAGUUCUCCUCGCCGCCGCCUGCGUGGAGCUGUCGCCUCGCCUGCCUCUGGUCCCACGUCGCGCGCGAUGCCUCUUUUCAACGUCUCCAAAGAAGCCGCGCUUGGCACCGCCGCGCUUGGGAUGGCCGUGGCCGUCGGGUACUUGGCAGGGAGAAGAUUUCAUUCAGAGUUUGCUUUUGGCACUCCCAAAAGGGCAUACCAUCAUCUAGGGAAAAACUUCCAGUUACAGCAGUAUGUCCUGGAUCACUCCUUGCGGGAGCACCCUGCCCUAAAGAAGCUGAGACUGAUUACAUCAGACCAUCCUCAUGGAAGGAUGAUGGUGAGUUGUGAUCAGGCCCAGUUAAUGGCACACCUGGCAAGGCUUAUCAGAGCAAAGAAGGUAAUUGAAGUAGGUGUUUUUACAGGGUACAAUACUUUAAACAUGGCUCUAGUCAUACCAGAAGGCGGCAGAGUGGUUGCCUGCGAUAUCAAUGAAGAGUUUGCCAAUGUCGGAAAGCCAGUGUGGAAAGAGGCGGGAGUGGAGCAUAAAAUUGACCUAAGGGUGAAACCAGCCAUCCAGACACUAGAUGAACUUCUGGCAAAUGGCGAAGCUGGAACAUUUGACUUUGCUUUCAUUGAUGCUGACAAAGGGGGUUACAAUGAUUACUAUGAAAAAUGUUUGCGGCUCAUAAGGAAAGGGGGAAUAAUAGCUAUUGACAACGUUCUGUUAAAUGGGAAAGUACUUAAGCCAGGAAAAGAUGACAAUGCCCAAGCCAUGCAUCAGUUGAAUGAAAAGAUCUCGCAUGAUCCACGAGUGAAUAUAAGCAUGAUCAUGAUGGGGGAUGGGGUGACAUUAGCAUUUAAGUUAUAGCAGAGGAGAGAUGCUAUAAAGAAAUUUCGUUGGCUACUGAAGAACCUUCCAUCAUUGGGGAUAAUAUAUGGAAUAUAUGAAGGUGUAUAUUUUUGCCUUGUCUCAAUAAAUAAAAUCAUGCUAUACAUAGAUAA